GCUGCCAUUAAGAUAAGGAGGAAGAAGCAGUCCCAAGCACAGGCAACCGAGCAGUCACAGAGAGGACGGAGAUAGCUAGUCAGUAUUACCAGCCAUCCUUUUGUGUAGCAGAGUCAGGUUGCGACAUUUAGUUUGGAUGGCUGAAACUCCUGCAAAGACCCUGUGACCGGCUAGCGUGCUGUAGUCCACACAUUUGGGAGAAACCUUACGGCAGCCUCUCCCAGCGUCUAGCCUCGCACUCCCUCCCCUAAUCUCGCCGAGAUGUCAGCUUUCUCCGAGGCGGCUUUAGAGAAGAAACUGUCCGAGCUUAGCAACUCUCAGCAAAGUGUACAGACACUGUCGCUGUGGCUCAUCCACCACAGAAAACACUCGAAGACCAUUGUCAACGUUUGGUUCAACGAACUGAAAAAAGCUCAGGUAUCGCGCAAGCUGACCUUCCUGUAUUUGGCCAAUGACGUCAUCCAAAACAGCAAGAGGAAAGGACCAGAGUUCACCCAGGACUUUGCUCCAGUCAUCGUUGAUGCAUUCAAACAUGUGUACAGAGAUGGUGAGGAGGGCUGUAAGAAACAGCUGGGUCGGGUUUUAUCCAUCUGGCAGGAGAGAGCCGUGUAUGAGAAUAACCUGCUCGAUCAGCUCUCGCAAGUCCUGUAUGGAGAAAAGAAGACAAAGAAGAGGUCAUAUGAGGAGAUCCAGCCAGAUGAUGAAGGCUUUGCCUCCCAGAGCUCUCCAACCGAGCCCCCACAGACGGCAGAGUUAAUCCGAGCUCUGCAGGAGCUGGAGAACGCUGCUUCUGGCGACUCAGUGCUGCGUCAGCGCAUCUCCUCCCUUCCUGCUGAGGUGCAGGACACGUCACUGCUUCACAGGAUCACAGAUAAAGAAUCAGGAGAGCGACUUUCCCGGCUGGUGGAGGAGGCCUGCAUGCUGCUAGCAGACUACAGCGGCCGCUUGGCGGCAGAGAUUGACGACAGGAGGCAGCUCACGCGCACACUAACGGUCUUCCUGCAGAGCCAGAAGGACGGCCUGGCCCAGAAUGAGCAGAAACUUGAAGGCACCACAAGGAUCCCACGUCUCAUCUUUGUAUCGUCACUCAGUCCAAUACCUUUUGUUUUAAAAAAAGAAAAAAAAAAAAGUCUGAAAAUAAAAAGUGAAAAUGAUUUUGUGAGUCCUUUUUUUGUGCUUGAACACCUACAGUUUACCCUCUUAUUCAGGUUGGAAGGUGGUUUAUGAAACGUACUUUUGGUUGUGGAGUUGACAGUAACUGGCAGUUAUACACUUUAGGAUUUUCUGAUUAGUGGGAGAUGUAGAUCAGAUAUUUAUAAUAAUCAUUGUCAUGAUUAAUAAACAUAAAUUAAUGAGAUUCAAAUUUUAUUAAAAUCUUGUUCAUUUAUCUUUCUUGGUACUUUUGCUUUAUGCUUGCUGAAGAGAUUUAUGUCAUUUGCAACACGAUGGGACACAAAGAGAACAUAGUUGGUUUUUUUUCUUUUCCUCUCCCCUUCCCUCAUUUGGACAUUUCUGUUAUCUAUGCUGAAAAAGUACUGAUGACCUACACACACUGCAUGCAUUGGCUGGCAGAUAUAGUCACUGAACACAUUUGAGAAACAUGGCACAGAAAGUAAAAUGUGACAAGAUUAAGGUGGGGAAAAACAUCAAAUACAUGGAUCAGGUGAAAUCAUUUUGUCCACAUGCAGUCCUGUUUUCAGUACCUUACACUGUACUUUGCAUGCAGUUUGUGUGGCCAGUCUUUUAUUAGGGGGAACAAAAAGCUGUUGCAAAGGUAAAUGUUUUUUGGUGCCCUUUAGUGUGGCUCAUUACAGUGGAGGUUGAUCUAAGUCGAGCAAAGUCAUUCAUAAACAUGGAGAGAAAGAGCGUGGCAUUUUUGCUGAAUGAUUUGGGUGUUUGGAUAAAACUAAAACACCCUGACACACUGUUUAGUGGUGGCCACUAAUUAAAAUACAUGAAUUUAAAUCUGAACUUUAACUGGAGCUUUAAGCUGCUCUUGGUCUGUAAUCCAUGAAGCGCACAUUCAACACUUGUUUCUUAUAUUAAAUUAUAAUUAAAAUUACAGUGUGUGUGUAUUUAUCUCAUGUAAUACUGCUACUGAGACUAGGGGGGAAAAAAAACCCAACACCAUAAAUCGGUGUGAUUCAGACUGCAGGAUCUUUGGCGUCUGAUGGCUGUCUGUCAUUGUGGACUU